UUUAUAAAGGGGCCAGAGUGUAAGUAGAUUGCGGACCCUAGUCCAUCCUGCAGCCGAUAGACACCAUCUCCUUCCUACCGUCCUGUGUACACCCCAACCUGCAGCUACCAUGUCGGACCAGGCUCCCUUUGACACUGAUGUCAUCACCUUGACCCGCUUCGUGAUGGAGGAGGGCAGGAAAGCCAAGGGCACCGGAGAGCUGACCCAACUGCUCAACUCUCUGUGCACGGCUGUCAAAGCCAUCUCAUCGGCAGUGCGCAAGGCUGGCUUGGCCCAUCUCUAUGGCAUUGCUGGAUCCACAAAUGUGACAGGAGACCAAGUAAAAAAGCUGGAUGUUCUUUCAAACGACUUGGUCAUCAACACCUUGAAAGCGUCAUACAGUAGCUGUGUUCUUGUGUCAGAAGAAGACCAGCAUGCCCUCAUUGUGGAGCCUGAGAGAAGGGGUAAGUAUAUUGUCUGCUUUGACCCACUUGAUGGUUCCUCGAACAUCGACUGCCUUGUCUCUAUUGGGACAAUCUUUGCCAUCUACAAAAAGACUAGCGACGGUGAACCCUCUGAAAAUGAUGCUUUGCAACCAGGCCGUAAUAUAAUAGCUGCAGGCUACGCAUUAUAUGGCAGUGCUACGAUGAUUGUUUUAGCUACAGAUUGUGGCGUCAACGGUUUCAUGCUAGAUCCUGCAAUUGGAGAAUUCAUUUUGGUUGAUAAAGAUAUGAAGAUUAAAAAGAAGGGCAAUCUCUACAGUCUUAAUGAGGGCUAUGCCAAAUACUUUGAUGGUGCUGUUACAGAAUAUCUGCAGAAGAAAAAAUUCCCUGAAGAUGGCAGUUCACCUUAUGGAGCAAGAUAUGUUGGUUCAAUGGUUGCUGAUGUGCAUCGAACUCUGGUAUACGGAGGAAUCUUUCUGUACCCUGCUAAUUCAAAGAGUCCAAAAGGAAAGUUGAGGCUUCUGUAUGAGUGCAACCCAAUGGCCUACGUCAUGGAGAAGGCUGGAGGAAUGGCAUCUAAUGGACUGGAGCCAGUGCUGGACAUCGUUCCAACUGGUAUUCACCAAAGAAUGCCUAUAGCCAUGGGCUCACCAGAUGAUGUACAGGAAUACAUCGAAAUCUUCAAAAAACAUGCCCAAAAGUGAGGAACAGUUAGUGUAACUUCUGGCAGAUGGACCAAAGAAUUCAGAAUUCAUUUACCUACAUGCACUAUUACAAAAACCUCAGGAACCUUGAUUUUAUAGACAAUGCUGUGUCUAAUGUAAAAAAACAAAAACAACAAAUAAAAUGCUUUUAUAUAUUCUGUA